UCGCGCUACCGUCCCUCUAGUCUUCCUUCUCUACUCUCACAUUUUUACAUACACGUAGUGAGCGACAAUAUGCGCAUCCAUCCAUUCCUUUGAUACCCCUCGCGAAGCUGAUCGGAUGGAGUCCGCCUCCUACACCGCCGUUGAUACCGCGACAGUCGUCGGCGGGGCUUCUUUCCCCGCGCUCUCCUUCGUGUCUAGGGCCAAGACCGCCCUACACUCCGCCGCGGCUCGAGCUGAAAAGGUCCUCACAGAGAUCAAGGCGGACUUGAAGAAUGAUCGGGAUGCCGAUGGGCAGGGGAAGAAGGAUUUCAGGAAAAUGGAGGACCAGGAAUCGGCAGUAAAUGAUGGAUUUAGCAAGCCAAGGGAGGAGAUUCCUGAAGCAUGCUCUGCUGCAGAACAUUAUGUGAAUAAUUUCUGUAAUAAGUUAACAAUUCCUCCAGCUUCUGUUCUAAAGCAGUUGGCGGCAGCUUAUGAGACUGGGAAGAAUUUUAUAUGCUCAAAAAAUCUUUUGAAUUUAGUUGAGGAUCCAUUGCCUGCCAAGGAAAAAUCAGGCUUGAGCUUUUCUUCUGUUAAGUCCUUGGUUCUUCGUGAAAAGGAUGACAAAUCAUUUUCUAAUUUUUAUGAUGAUGAUGAGCUUCACUUCAAGAUGCAGCUUUUAUUUGAUUCAGAGGAAACCUAUACUCAUAUGAAUUAUGGAUCUGGUUUAACUUCCCUUCCUAUCACAUUUAUGCCUAAAGACAUCCGAGGUGCACCCCCUGAUAGCUUUACUGUCAAACUUUCAGAAGUUAUUGGAGGCUUCAAAUCCAUUCAAAAAAUGGCAUCCUUUUGGGGUUGUGUUGUCAUUAAACUUAGGAAACUAUGGUCUGAAGGAUUACCAGUUCCACGAAUGCCACUGGAUGCAAAUCCUGAUUUAGAUUCAUGUCUGCUGCAUCAGCAAUUGCAGGUGAUUAAUUGUUGUAUUUCUAGGAAAGUACGACGAAAUGCUGCUAUUGAGUUGUUGGAUUCUGUAAUAAAGGAAGCUAGUUCAGACAACAAUGAUUUGGUUGAUUCUCCUAAGUAUUCAAAUUGCAUGAGAUAUGCUAGACUUAUCUCUGGAGAGUAUGUUCUUAGACUUGGUGUUGAUCAUCUUUCUGAAAAUUUAACAAUGUUGGAAACUGGUGAACCCAUAUGUUCUCCAGUUACACAGGAGGGUCCCAUUUUAACAGAAGAGCUUAUUAAAGAAACUGAGGAACUAGUGCUGCGUACUGGCAGUUUCGGUGUUGGAUGCUCUCAACUCCUCUCCGACAUGCAAGCUUUCAAGGCUGCGAAUCCUGGUUGUGCUUUAGAAGACUUCAUAAGGUGGCACUCUCCCCCAGACUGGACAGAGAUCGACUCAAUUAGUGAGGCUAAUGUUUCUGUUGAUGGAGAAGGCUCAUCAAGACGUGGCAGAUUAAGUAAAAGAAUGCUAAAAGAAGGCAACUUGUGGCAGGAAUUGUGGAAAUCUGCUAAAGCAUUGCCUGCUGUUCAACAAACACCAGUUUUUGAUGAAGAUUUAGCCGUUGAAAGCAUAUUCACCACCUUGGAGGACAUUCGACCUUCUGAGCUUUUUGGGCAGCUUUUUAUGUCCAUGCUCUGCUCAGCCUUCACAAUUGCAGAAGCUUCCAUUUCACCAGACAGCAAUGUGUCAAAAAUUUUCUUUGAUUGUAAAGAUUGGGUCAUCACAACUUGCCAAAAUGGCAUUUCAAGUGACAAUAUUGGCGAUAUCUGCAAGGUAUACGAAACUGUAGAGACAAUCGUCAACCAUCCAGAAGAAGCCAUCACUAUUAUGGAUCAAGCAGAAGAAACAGUAAACGAGGAGCCAAAAAAUCGUUUCAAAAGAAUAAACCUCAAUUUCAUGAAGAAAGAAAGGAAUUUAUUACGGAAAAAGCCUUCGAAGGAAGAGAAGAAUUCUGAUGAGAAACAAAUGCAUGUGUUCUCCCAACUCUUUGAUAAGAAAUCUUUAUUUUCAAAGAAGCAAACAAAGCUGAAACGAGCUUCAAAUUCUGAGCCAACGCUCGAAGUAAAUGAUUGGACAAUCGUGUAGAUUACAUGUUGAAAACCUCACAAAAGAAGAAAAAAAAGGUUGAUGUAGAUAAUGUGUAAAUUCAUUGAGGAAUAUUAUUGAUCCAUUCAAUGAGGAAAUGGCUUAAUAGUCU